AGUGAGGAAGGACAGAAAGAAAAGAGGUAGCUAGAGAGAGGACAAACAGGAGAGAGAGGAGAGAGAGAGAGAGAUGGAGUAACUUCAUCCCCGCUACAGCAGAUCAGAGUUGCUGGUGUUGUUGAGGUUAUUUCGGCUCACUGUAGUGGCUCCAGCGCGUGAGGAAUCACAGGCGCGAGGCUUCACAGCUUUUCAUCUUUUCAUCUUUUCUGCGGGACUCGACUCACUCUGAGCUGCUGCAGACAUGAUCGCCACCACGCAGCAGAACAUGACAACGGAGCUGGACCUAGGGAGCACUGGUGGGCCUCCAAGAAACUGGAAGGGCAUUUGCAUCGCCAUGGUGGUCAUCCUGGGGGUUCUGUCCCUGGUCAGCCUUUCAAUCAUUCUCCUAACUCCUGAUGAAUCUCACCUUCUUCUUCACUCCCGCCUCACUGUGGAGGACCUGGAGAGUGAGGAAUUCAAAGUUCAUGACCCAUGCGCAACUUGGCUCAAUGAGAAUGAGGUUGUGCUGUGUACUCAGGAAGGCCAUGUUCUCAUCCACAACUUCAACACCAAUCUGACUACCACCCUUCUGGACAAUAGCACCAUGGACCUGAAGUCCAUGAAAUUCCAGGUGUCAGCAGACAAAAAGUUUAUUCUGAUGGCCUCCAACAUUCGCCCGGUAUUCUCACAGUCCUUCACUGCCUCGUAUGCUAUCUACACUGUGGCCACCGGGGAGCUGGUGGACCUCAGUCCAACAGGUGUAGAAGUGUCUGUUCUGCAAUAUGCAGCAUGGGGGCCUCAGGGGAACCAGCUGAUGUAUGUGUUUGAAAAUGACAUCUACUACAAGGCUGAUGUGUCCAGCCCAGCAAUGCGUCUAACAACUACAGAAGGACUGGUGGUGAAUGGACUGACCGACUGGAUCUAUGAGGAGGAAAUUCUACAAAAAUAUCCAGCCCACUGGUGGUCCAAAGAUGGGGCUCGUCUGGCAUACCUUAAAAUCAACAACUCUGCUACACCUGUAAUGGAGAUACCGUAUUUCCUGGGUGGGCUCUAUCCCUCAAAUGUGCUCUAUCCAUACCCUAAGGCUGGAUCUAGUAUCCCUUUGGUGAACCUGUUUGUCGUGAAUCUGUAUGGACCAGCCCACACUUUGGAAAUGAUCCCACCUGACUCACAGAACAGCAGAGACAGCUACAUUUCCAUGGUAAGCUGGAUCAGUAGCACUCGUCUGGCUGUGCGCUGGCUAAACCGUGUACAGAACCAGUCAGUGCUGUGUGUGUGCGAGGCCACAACAGGAGCCUGCUCAGAGAAACACAAAAUGGCUGUGGACCUUUUGCAGAAUCAGCAGCAGGAGGAGCCAUUGUUCUCGGCAGAUGGCUCUCAAUUUUACCUCACGCUGCCUGCCAAGCAAGGGGCCUGUGGGGAGUUCCGCCACAUUGCCAGCCUCCCUGCCCAGCCUGCUCUCCCCUCUGCUUCUCCUCGCUUUCUUACUUCAGGGAACUGGGAUGUAACUACGCUUUGUGCUCUGGAUGAGAAGAAUGGUAAAAUUUAUUUCCUGAGCACAGAGGAGUCGAGACAUAGCAGACAUUUAUACAGUGCUGAACUUGGAGGAGUGUUCCAUCGUCACUGUCUGACCUGCAAGCUCUUUGAGCGCUGUAGCUUCUUCAGAGCUGACUUCAGUCCCAACCAGACACACUUCACACUCUACUGUUUAGGCCCAGGGGUUCCAAAGGUGACCAUCCACAGCACAAAUGACUCCUCCCGAUACACAGUGGUUGAAGACAACAGCCUCCUUUCAGCAUCUCUUGGCAUCAAGCGUCUUCCGGAGACGCUCUUCAAGACGCUGUCCUCUGACAACUAUGACCUGCAUCUGAAGCUCUCCCUGCCUCCUGGGUAUGAGGGAAACUUGCAUCCCCUCCUCAUCAUGGUUGAUGGCAGUCCAGGCAGUCAGACAGUGACAGAGGAAUUUUCCCUGGGCUGGCCUCAGGUUCUGUCCAGUCUGCAUGGAGUAUCUCUUGCCUGGGUGGAUGGCAGGAUUAGAGCCUCUCGAGGUCAGAAGACCAGCACAGUGGACCCCCGCAAACUGGGGUCACUCCGUAUCAAAGACCAGCUAGGGGUAGUAGAGUGGCUGUCCCAGUUGCCUUAUAUUGAUGGUCGAAGAAUUGCUCUUUAUGGAAAGGGAUUUGGAGGCUAUUUAAUUUUGAAGAUUCUUACAGCAACUGAGCAGAUGUUCAGAUGUUCAGCCAUCAUGGCCCCUAUAACAGAGUUCAAACUCUACAAUGCUGCCUUUUCAGAGAGAUACCUUGGACUCCCUGGAAAGGAAGAGCAUGCCUACAUGACGGCCUCUUUACUAGAAGAUGUCCACAAAUUAAAGGAUGAAAACUUUCUCCUGUUGCAUGGCACUGCGGAUGCCCGCGUACAUUUCCAACACAGUGCAGAACUGCUGAGUCGGCUGGUGAAGGUGGAGGCCAACUACACACUGCAGCUGUACCCAGAUGAGGGCCAUACUCUGAGAGAAGAGCGCAGCAUCCAACACCUUCACCGAUCUCUCCUUCACUACCUUCACAACUGCCUCAAACACGACCCCUUUUUGGUUGCAGAAGAGGAGGAGGAGGAGGAAGAGGACUGAACUCAUCUGUUGUGCCCCUUCCAUUCUCAAGAGGGAUUUGAAGAACUAGUGUCUCUGUCCAGGAUCCAGUUAAAGUUGCUGUAUUUAGCCAAAGGAAAGAGGAACUGUACAGAGAUCAGUCAAACCAGCCCUGCCAGAUAGCCACUUUCAGCAACUGAGACAGUGAAGAGAAUUCACCUCUUUUAUGUCUUUUUAUGUGUUUUGCCCUUUGAGUAUGUUGGAGGCCUGGUGUAAUAAGUGCACAAAUGCUGACUGGAACAAUAUUCUACACAUAAAGUCCACAAGGCUUGUUCAGCCAAACUCGCUUUGUCAGUGGACAGUCUGUGUAGCAUCGAACAUCAGCUAAAUUCUUACAGUGACACCUUGUGACAAAGUAAGGCUACUGCAAUGGACUUCAUGGAUUGCGGUGGUUGAGAAACACUGACAAACUCUUGUGUUCUCCAUAGUGUUUUCUAUGGUAAACAUAAUUAAACAGAAAGCAGCAACGUUAUCUGGCUCUAGCCCUUGCAUGACAAGAGGACUGCAUGGUGAAGUAUAUUCUGACUUUUUCAUAACCAAAUACCAUCCGAAAUCAGUACAUCAGUGUAUCGUCAGGAAUCAACAUAACAUAAAUGUGAAGAAUGAAGAAGAAGAAUGUGUGACAGAAAAUUAGGCACUUUCAAAGCAUUGCAAUGCCUGCAAAUAUCCCUGUAUUAAAGAGUAGUGACGGUCUCGCAACCUGUGCAUUGCCCUGCAUGUUAUGCAAUGCUGUACUAAUGCCCUCAGUGUUGACUUUAUAUCUCGUAAUAUGUUCCUACUCAUGAAUUAUUAUGCCAUUACUCAAAGUGUCCAUUGUAACAGGAGUUACAGUAUAUUAUUUAUUUAUUGUUGUCAUGCUGUCUGUAUGUUGCCAAACAAAAUGUCCCAAAUAUUGUAUGACCAAAAUCUUUUAGGUUAUACUUCGGUCAUAGACUUGAAAUGGUUGAUUAAUACUUCUCAGCAUACAGUUUUGUUUGCAAGGUCUCAUCAUAAUAAUGUCAUACCUUGAAUGCCUGGUGGGUCAGUUAUUCCCAGAUGCAUUAGUGUACUCCUACAGUACUGAGGUAUCUUUCAUGCUUACAUGAAACAAAACACAUUCUAUAAAUUGAAGUAUGAGGAGAAAAAAACAUUGCAAAUAAAUAUAGCAAUAAGGCAUACAGUAUAAAGAGUGUACAAAAUAUUAUGAAUGCAUUCAGUAGGCUGCCUUACUGUGCACAACCAGAUGAGUUAAAAUGCACCUAUUUGGACCAUGAUUAUGCUCAAAAACUGCACUUUGAGCUGUAGUAGACUACUAAAACCUUUUUUUGUUCAGUUUAAAUAACAACAAAGUAGCAAAGUGAGUCAUAGUGGAGAAAAUAUCCACAAAAUUCCCAUAUUACAGUAGAUGCCAAAGGGCCUCUGAAUUAUUACAGCAUAAUUGUGAGGAGAAGUCUAUGAGGAAAACAAAGCAGCAUUAUCAAAUAAACGAUAAUCAAAUAAAAUUUUCUCUCAUUGUUCAUUGAUUUCAUACAUACACCCUCUCCUGUCUGCCUGAUCUGGACUGCUGUCAUUGACUAACACGGACAGUCUGCCACUCAAUACAUUAUAUGUGCCAAGUUUUAAUAUAGCUAAUGUUAUGCAUACCUUUAUAUUUUAUACUCAAAUACAUAUCCUUAAGCCAAGACCUGCUUUGAGUAAACAUGUGGUCCAAAAAUAGGCAUUUCACACCACACAUCUGGUCAUAGACAGGAUGGAUACCUAAUAGGUACACUGUAAUGUGGCCAUUCCUAGUGUUUUGUACACUUAGCAUAGAGCCUCACACUUAAAUGACACUAAUUCAAGAUUAUCACAAUCUAACCAUUUGUUUUUUCUUUGUGUUUUUCUUCUAAACUGGGAAAUUUCGAUUUGUUAAGUGUACAGUACUUUGUGUGUAUUAUUGAUAUGUAUUUGAAAUUUUUCAAGAAUGAAAAUUUGUGCUAACAUUGUGAUGCAUUCAAGACAAAUUAGUUAUUUCAGAAUGCUCUAUUAUAUCAUUAACAGGAAAAUCCCAUAUGAAAACAUAUACUGAGAGCCAUGCAAAUUGGUAGACUGCAUGAAGUCUGUUUGGAAUGAGUGUUCUUCAGCCUUGAUGUUUGUUUUUAAGGACUGUUUCCAAUAAAGUCUUAAAUAUUUGUGUAAA